AAAAGACAGCUGUUUUCCUUUAUCAAUAACGAAUAUUCGUUUUAUUGUUCAACUGACCUAACCCUUAGACUAGUCAGGGGCGGCUCACUAUUUUGGCACUGGCAGAUAGAGGGGGGGUGGGAGUGCUUUUAGCGUAGCCUUCCAUGUUGUGCUGACUGUAUGUUGUGUGAGUGCUGCCAUGCUGAGUGACAGCAGACUUUUUCUAAAGAAUCCAAAAGAUCGACUUACUUUAUUAUUUCUUUCAAGCUUUGGGUGGCAUUUGGAGAUGCUUGGUCGUAUUGACUGGUGUAGUCAAUAAACAACACAUACGCCUGACCUUUGUGAUUCUGCAGACUGGAUUACUAUUAUUACCUUAUUAGUACUAGGGCAGUUGUUGGUGGCGGCGCUUGGCAUUGAACUGAACCGGAUUGACAAAUUUCAGAGGAGGGUGGAAAGAAGACUAGCCCUGCCUCUCAUAUCCAGUGUAUUUUUUUUUUUAAACUAGUAACACGUAAAACCAGACGCCGUGUACUACAAACAUAUUACGGAAAAACUCUCAAUUUGUUGCAAAAGUACUGGGAAACGAGAAACUGGGAAAGUGGUCACACAGAGCUGAAGUGAAGAACACGACGAGACUGAUCAUAGAACCCCAAGUGUGUGGCGCACGAGUCGGGAUUGCGUUUUGGAUUCUCCGUUGCGAGUUCUGAGCUGCGAGCUACUGCUGGUUGUUUAUUCCUGAAAUAACAAGACCCGUAUUAAUCGUACAACUCCCGUCUCCCGGUGCUGCUCCUUCUAUUGUGUGGCGUCACAGUGUGAUAUAGACUGUUGGUGUACCGACGCGUAACAACCCGUGUGCAUUUAUAAGUAAAUAAUCUACUGAGCUAAUACAGAGGAAGCUGAAAGGGGAAAGGCCACGGUCAUUUUCACUAACAUACUAAGCAAACCACAUGCUUGCCUACUUUUUCACUCUGCUGGUUCACUAGGGGCAGCAGCUAGCCAGCGAGCGGUGGUGGUUGCAGUAUCAGCUUCGUUAUGUUUGUUUUCUUUUUUAAAUGAGAAAACGUUCUCGGGCAGGCUCAACAGCUUUUGAUUUAUUUGUAAAAAUAAGUAAACUUUUGAACUAAAAGAUCGUGUCAUUCCUGAAAGCCUGGUGCUGCUGCAGUCCUGAUGUGAUUACGCUUGAGCUACUGUUUUUUUUUUCAAUAUAGCCAGAGAAUUGGAAACAGAAAGACACUACGAACGUACUAUACACAGACAUAUUUUGAAUCCUAUUUUUUUUUAAAGCGAAGAUUUACGGGAUGUCCACAGAAGUUAACCCUUCUGUUUUGCAAUCCUCUGAUCAUGUUGAUGAGGUGACUGCUGACUCCUCCUGUGGCGAUAGUAACCAAAACAAACUGCUGGUUGGGGACAAAGUUAGACAAAGCCUGCUACAGACACAUGGAGAAAAACAGACUGAUAACAAAAGUGACACUGGGAACAAGGAACGAGUGGUUAUGGAAACGCAGAUAGAAAUCGUAAAUAAAGAACAAGUAAACAAUAACAAGGGGAAUGACCAAAAUGACCUCGGCAUCAGCAGUCAAGAUACGGAGGAGAAACCGAAAAAAACGGUUAUUGAAGCUCCUCUGCCUAAAGUAAACCCUUGGACAAAGAAGAAAAAUAUGUCUCCAACUAAUAACACUAUCAAUGUAAAUGACCAGGAAUCAGCGCAACAGAGUUCAACCAAAGUCAUACGGGCAGGGAAGCCUAAAACAAGAAAACCUAGCAAGGCAAGUGACUUCAGCGAUAUCACAAACUGGCCCACCCCGAGUGAAAUAGCAAACAAAGAGCAGCACCAGAACAUCAUCAAUACCCAAACCAAGAAGACUUCUCCCAACAAGAACGAGAAGAAGAAGCUGGAGAAGAAGGAUAACAACACUGAGAGCAAAGAGAACCGCAAGGCCAGGAAGGAGUACAAAGAGGACCCGGCCAGCGAUGAGGACUCGCAGUCGGCCGCCAUGAAGAGGAAAGGUAACAAGCAUAAAUGGGUACCACUACACCUAGAAGACUCAAGUCAGGACGACCAGGAGAGACCCAGCUCCCGAAAGAACUCUCGCUCCGAAUGCAACAGGUCGCUGCACAAUAACAGAAGAAAUGAUUAUUCAAGGAGCUGGCGCCGGGACCGCAGAGAUGACCUGGACGAGGUGUCUAGUGUGCGAAGUGAAGGAGCCAAUGUGAGGGGAGGCUACCGGGGUAGAGGCAGGGGGCGCAGCAGAGGGAGAGGGCGUGGCAGAGACAACCCACACAUGCAUUAUGAUCACUCAUAUGGGUACCUGGAUCCCUACGCAAAUGGUCCCGACACACAGUACCAGACAGAGUACAGCACCAGCAUGAUGUAUUACUAUGACGAUGGCACUGGAGUGCAGAUGUACACAGUGGAGGAAACCCUACUGAAAGAAUAUAUCAAAAAGCAAAUUGAGUACUACUUCAGCCUACAAAACCUUGAAAGGGACUUUUUCUUGAGAAGAAAAAUGGAUGAUGAUGGAUUCCUGCCGAUUUCCUUGAUAGCCAGCUUCCACAGGGUGCAGGCACUUACGACAGACAUCGAUCUCAUCUUCAAGGCUCUGAAAGACAGUACUGAGGUGGAGAUUAUAGACCAGAAGAUCCGAAGGAAAGUGAAUCCUGAGCUCUGGCCUAUACCAGGCCCUGCUCCCCGUGACGCCCCUCGAACUGACUUCUCCCAGCUUAUCAACUGCCCAGAGUUUAUACCAGGACAGGCCUUCACCACACAAGCCACAGAGUCUGCACCCAGCUCUCCAAGAGCGAGCACAAUCAGUCCAAAGAAGAAUCUGGAACCCAGCAACCUGCAGACCAUGUCUAAAGGGCUGUCCACAAGUCUGCCCGACCUGGAGUCUGAGCCCUGGGUAGAAGUGAAGAAAAGGCACCGCCCUUCUCCAGCCAAACUAAAGGAUAUUGAUAAUGAUAUGCCCAGUAGUAGCCUCACCUGCCCUAAGGCCAACUUGGAAUCCCUUUUUACUGCAGAAAGCGCCGAGCAGCAGCCUAACCCGAGCCCCAAGCUGAAGCAGCCGUCCCCACAGGAGGCAGAGCAGGAGGAGCUGGACUUCAUGUUUGACGAGGAGAUGGAGCAGAUCACUGGCCGCAAAAACAACUUCACCGACUGGUCCGACGAAGACGACUCGGACAACGAGAUUGAUGACCACGACGUCAACAAGAUCCUGAUCGUCACGCAGACCCCGCCCCACCUGCGCAAACACCCCGGGGGGGACCGCACCGGCAACCACGUCUCGCGGGCCAAAAUCACCAGCGAUCUCGCCAAGGCCAUCAAUGACGGCUUGUAUUACUACGAGCAGGACCUGUGGAUGGACGAAAGCGACACUGAAUACGCCACCAUAAAAGAGGUGGAGAACUUCAAGAAGCUCAAUCUUAUCAGCAAAGAGCAGUUUGACAAUCUGGCUCCUGAACCUGCAACCAAUUCUUCCCAGGAAGUGCCGCCUGGCCCUCCCAAACCACAGCAAGGUUUCACAGAAGAGCUGGCUAACAAGCUGUUUGGAGCUCCAGAGCAACCAGUGUCCAACAUCGCCCGGUCAUUGCCAACAACUGUACCAGAGUCUCCCAUAGUGUACCCACCCAGAACCCCCAAAACUCCCCGCACACCCCGGCUGCAGGACCCCACCAAAACACCAAGGUUCUACCCCGUCGUGAAAGAAGGGGGCAACAUCGAUGGAAAGACUCCCAGAAAGAGGAAGACUCGGCACAGCUCAAACCCGCCCCUGGAGUGCCACGUGGGCUGGGUCAUGGACUCCAAAGAACACAGGCCGCGCACGUCAUCAGUCAGCAGUUCCAACGCCUCACCGUCUGAAGGAGCUCUGCUUGUUGACAGCCAUGGCUGCACGCCCCACUCUCUGCCCAAGUUCCAACAUCCCUCCCAUGAGCUUCUGAGAGAGAAUGGCUUCACACAACAAGUUUACCACAAAUACCGCAGAAGAUGCCUAAACGAGAGAAAACGGUUGGGAAUUGGACAGUCUCAAGAAAUGAAUACCUUGUUCAGGUUUUGGUCAUUCUUCCUCAGAGAUCAUUUUAACAGGAAAAUGUAUGAGGAGUUUAAACAGUCAGCUUUGGAAGAUGCAAAGGAAAACUACAGGUAUGGCCUGGAGUGUCUCUUCCGCUUUUACAGCUAUGGUUUGGAAAAGAGAUUCAGGCCUGAUAUCUUUCAGGAUUUCCAGGAAGAAACGCUUAGAGACUAUGAAACUGGACAACUGUAUGGACUAGAGAAAUUCUGGGCCUUCCUAAAAUACUCUCAAGCCAAAAACCAGUCCAUCAACCCCAGGCUGCAGGAGCACCUGAGCAAGUUCAAGAGACUCGAGGACUUCAGAGUGGAUCCGCCAAUCGGAGAGGAGGCUGGUAGAAGGGGACGUCUCUCCUCCUCUUCUGCUGCAGAGGAAGGGGGGCGCCGGAGACACCCAUCCAACACCUCAGCCAGGCCAGCGACUGCUGCCAACCAGCCCCCUGUCUCACUGAACACAGGGCCCAAAGAGAACACUGCCAACACUGCCGAGGACACUGACACAGCUGAGAAAUAAAGACUUCACCAGGGUUUCUCUGCCUGUUUAUAUAAAAUAACAGUAUUUUUCAGUUUAAGGAACCUGUGAGGGUGCUAAAACAAACAAAAACAACUGA